CGCUAGACUUAUCCGAUUCCAGCCAAGCAACACCAAGCCCUUGGUCUGGCUGGUUGCAGAAGGUGACAAGACCAGAGCACGUUUUCGUUUGGUUAAUUCUCCUCUUAUCAGCCCCGAAAGUGUCCAAGACCAUAUGGUAAUGGUACUCUUAACGACAAUCUACUCCGCAGUUCGUUGGUAGGACGCCGUCGCACACGUCUGAUUUGCGGCUUGCGUCGCAAUGCCACAAUGCCCAGAAGUGAUACCAGCGAAGCGUCGGCCUUGGCUUCAUUCUUGGUAACUGCCUCUUAUGGCGAUGAGGAUGAAAUGAAGCAGUUGCCGUUGGUCGUAAGCCGUCUUUAUCGCCGUGAGCACGGCAGCAUGUAAGUGUAUUCCGUAUGUCGAGGGGUAAGUCGUGAUUCCAGAGCCCACCGGACUGGGUUAUAAGACCUGGUGCCUCCCACUGUGUUGAAUUGAGAGGACCUCUACGUUCUAGUAGCACUUGUGUCAUAUUACUUGCCAUCACCGUGGACAUUUCGGGUAUUAUGGCAGCCAUGGAAACCAAAAAUAGUCUCGAGGUCACGCAUGGGACUGAGAAGGCUGCUGAGGUCAUCUCUGAUACCGACAAGGCCUCCGACGCAUCAUUCUAUGCUGACAAGCCUUUUCCCACCGAAGAAGAGUUCGCUACCCUUCCUAGAGUUCCUGGGCGGAUUCCUUGGACCGCCUGGACUGUAGCAGCCGUCGAAUUUGCUGAGAGAUUCUCUUAUUAUGGCACUACUGCUGUUUUCGUCAACUUCAUUCAGAAGGACCUCCCACCGGGAUCAACAACGGGUGCUGGAUUCCUCAUUAAGCCAGGGUCUGGUGCCUUGGGAAUGGGACAGCGUGCUUCCACUGGAUUGACUACCUUCAACAAUUUCUGGUCUUAUGUUACGCCAUUGUUUGGUGCCUACGUUGCUGAUCAGUACUUUGGACGCUAUCUCACCAUUCAAUAUGCCAUCUGUUUUGCACUUGUUGGGCACGUCAUUUUGAUCAUGUCCGCAAUUCCACCAGUCAUUGUCCACCCAAACGCAGCCAUCGCUCUCUUCUCAGUCGGGCUUGUUAUUAUGGGACUUGGAACCGGUGGAUUCAAGUCUAACAUUUCGCCUUUGAUUGCUGAGCAAUAUAAGGAUGAGAAAGCCUACGUGAGGAUUAAUAAGAAGGGCGAAAAAGAGAUUGUGGACCCGGCGACGACGACUGCUCGUAUCUAUCUCUACUUUUACCUCUUGAUCAACAUCGGAUCUCUUUCUGGUUCGCUCGCCAUGGUUUACUCGGAGCAUUUUGUCGGAUUCUGGUUGUCAUACCUUCUACCGACUAUUGUCUUCUGUCUUUGCCCAGCCAUUCUGUUCUACUUCAAGGCAGAUUACAACCUAUCUCCCCCGACUGGAUCUGUUAUGGCCAAAGCAUACAAGCUUAUUAGACUUGCAUGCAAAGGCAAAUGGUCCUGGAACCCCAGCACAACAAAAAAGAAUUUCAGUGACCCCGAGUUUUGGAAUAAGGUAAAGCCAAGCAACAUCCCUCUUGCUACCCGGCCAGCUUGGAUGACCUUCGAUGACGAAUGGGUGGAUGAAGUUCGCCGUGGAUUGUUGGCGUGCAAGGUGUUCUUGUGGUAUCCUCUCUACUGGCUUGCAUACAAUCAGAUGACUGGCAACUUAGUGUCCCAGGCAAACACCAUGAACCUCGGCAAGGUCCCCAACGAUAUCGUCUCGAAACUGAAUCCUAUUUUCAUUAUUAUUGUUAUUCCCCUCAUGGAUUUCAUUGUUUACCCUGGACUCCGAAAGAUGGGCAUCAACUUCACGCCCAUUAAGAAGAUCACAGCUGGUUUCAUGCUCGCCUCCCUGGCUAUGGUAUCCGCCUGCGUGACACAAUACUACAUCUACAAAAUGUCACCCUGCGGAAACCAAAUCAACGCCCUGUCUAAGGCCGGACGCAAAGAUUGCAACGCCCCCUUCACUGUCUGGAUCCAAGUCUUCCCAUACGGCCUGAUCGGUCUAUCUGAGGUCAUGGCCUCCAUUACCAAGCUCGAGUACGCAUACACCAAAGCCCCCAAGAACAUGCGUUCUUCCAUCCAAGCGUUCGCUCUUUUCACGAACGCCGUCUCCAGUGCCCUGGGCCAGGCUCUUACAGCUUUGAGUGAGGAUCCGCUCUUGGUCUGGAAUUAUGGCAGUGUUGCUGUUAUUGCAGCUCUGGGCGGAAUCGGAUUCUGGAUGACGUUCCGCAACGCAGAUAAGGAUGAAGAUAUGCUGAAUAACUUGAAGCAAAGUUCGUUUGAGGGUAGGGGGGAUCGCGACGAGGAGAAUGUUGUUAUUAACGCGGUUGAUAGGGUGGAUGAGAAGGGCGAGGAGAAGUGGGUUGAUGCAAAGGGUGUGGAGAAGACUACACUGUGAUUAGGUGGCAAUUGUUAACGAAUUUGGG